GCGCAAUUCACUGGAGUGGUUUGACGGUCGGCGAUGGCCAUUCGGCGGGCACUCCGAAUACAUCGCGCCGUGUGCGGCCGUUGGAGCCGUCACGCCGUCAACUUCCCAACGACUCCAGCUCUUCAGACAGCGCACUCUUGUACCCGACCUUCCCUUGGAUUCAAGCAGCUUCGUGCGUUCGAUGGCCAACAACGGUUUAUGUCGUCGAGCUUCGACAGCGCGGACCUGGGGUAUUUUGGGUCGUACAGCGAGCGCACAGGCGAAUGGGAGCCCGAUCAGUCGCAUUUGGACGAAGUCGUGUUGAAGAAUCCGUUUGACGGGCAUGUGACGCUCCAGAGCCUCAUCCGUGAGGACAUUGAGGAAGCGCGGCGCCUCUUCCGCAACGUGUUGCAGAAGCAUUACUACAACGACAUGGACAUGUGGAACAAGUGGGCGACCAUGGUGAGCCUCUAUUCAUCUAUCGGCAUGUUCAUGCUCGAUGUUUGCGGCUUUGUAGGAAUGGCGCGACGGCAAGAUUGUCCUCGCGCGCAAAAUCUACGCCAAGGCAUCUAAAAUUCGGUUCAGUCCGGUGCUGUACCAGUCGUGGGGAACGAUGGAGAUGGACCUCCAAAACUACACGGAAGCGCGCAGACUCUUCUCCGUCAUCCUGGCCACAGAAACCAGCGACAGCCUCCAGGCCGCGAUGGCCACACUCGGCCUCGCCCUCGUCGAAGACCGGUGUGGCAACACCGACAAGGCGCGACGCAUGUUCGUUCAAGCAACCAAGCGAUUCCCAGAGGACUUGCAUGUUGCCGAGGCCUACGCGCUCUUUGAAGGACGUCAUGGCAACGUCAUGCUGGCGCGGCAGCUCCUCUCGGCCGCGUCCGAGCGAGGCGACAGCACCCCCCAAGUGUUCCAUGCGUGGGCGUAUUUGGAGUUUCGCCGGGGAAACUUCCGCGACGCCCUCACCAUCAUCGACCGAGGGCUGUUGACGGACCCGUACGACAAGCCGCUCUUGAUGCUGCGGGCGCUGACGCUGGCCAAGAUGGGCGACAACGACGGCGCGCGGGAAGCGUUUAUGAAGCACACGAAAUUUGCCAGGGGCGAUGCGCGCGCGUACAACGCGUACGCGCAAUUCGAGGAAGAAAGCGGCAACUUUGAAGUGGCGCAGAACAUUUACCACUCGAUUUUGAAGCAGCACCCGACGUCGGCAUCCAACAUCACGGGACUGGCGUACUUGCACGUGAAAAUGGACCCCAAGGAAGGCGUCGAACACGGCCGGGAAACGUUUGCGACUGGCGUCACCGUCGCGGUCGACAAUGCGCAGCUAUGGCAUAGCUGGGGGGUGUUUGAAGAGCGAUACGGGACGCUCGAGUUGGCGAAGCGACUCUUUACAGAGGCGACGGAGAAGGCGCCGUGGGCUGCCGACUACUGGUGCUCGCUGGCCCGAGUCGAGUCGAAGCUCGGCGACCCCAAGGCAAUGCGCGUCACGCUCGACAAGGCCACGAUGACGUGUUCCAACAAAUUGCCGCUGCUCGUGACCCUUGCUAAGCUCGAGCUCAAGAAUCGCUGCUUCAAGGAGGCGCGAGAGGCAUGUGUUGCCGCCCUGAAAAUCGACAAGAAGCGGCCGUCCACGUGGAACCUGAGAGCGCUGGUGGAAUUGACGCAUCAUCCGGAGAGAGCCAAGGGCAUUGUGGAAAACGCGCUCAAGGUCCCGAUGAACACUUGGCUCGGACAGACCAUGGAAGGGGAACUGAAUGCACCGUGCAUUGUAGAUAGUUCCGACCCACGACCAUGUGAGUUGGGGCAUCCUUCUCUGCACGUACGCUCGAUGCUACGUGGCGAUGGGCGACUACGACAACGCGGCCGCGUCGUUCCGCGAAGCGAUCCGGCUCGACGGAGGCAACUACCACACACACCUGUACCUAGCCAACUUCAUGGAGAAGGUCGGGGAGCUUGAAGAAGCAAAGAAGCGGUACGAGAUGGCGAGUCUCCUUUGCCCGAGCAACAAGGUCCACCUCAUGGGCCGCAACAUUGCGAGCAUCGACGAGCAAUUAGCCCAGCGAAAUGCUGAUGUUUAACUGGACAAAAUAUCAUGUAUUUUGACCAA